AUGCAGUCUGUUGCAGAGAUGAAUGCAGAGCUUGAAGCUUUCGACAUUGAUGAUGAAAUUCCUGCAGCUAGUAAGUCAUGCGCCAAGGUAGUGAAGGUUGAACUCUUCCAUAGGGACAAGCCUGCAUACAAGGUUGAUUUGUAUACGAUUAUAGAUGAGCAAAAUUUCAUCAUAUAUCCCAAGUAUUUCUACAAAUCAAGACUUUAUGGUACAACUCUGAUGGACCUAGGUCUAGGAUUCUAUGUGAUCUCGCACGCAAUGGUCGCCAAUGAGGCGCGUGGAAUAUUUCUAAAAGCAAGCGUUUGGUCAACAUUUAUAAAAGUAUGCAAGGACGUCAUACCCCUCGUCUUUCUGGGUUUGGCGCGUUAUUUCGCUACCAGCGGCUUUGGUUACCACGUGCCUGUACAGGAAUACGGAGUCCACUGGAACUUCUUUUUCACCCUGGCAGUGAUUAAGUUGGGCUCCACAGUUCUAUUCUUCCUUACCCCACCCAGUCUGCACGCGUUUCUAGGCCCAUGUAUCCUAGCAACGCACCAGCUUCUCUUGUCGAAGGCGGGUCUCCGGGAGUUCGUCAUCGUAGGCUAUGGGACGCAUUUCUCCCGGAACGGGAUCAUCGAGGCCAACAGGGAAGGGAUUGUGGCUACCGUGGGAUUCCUGGCUAUCUUCUUUAUAGGAGUUCAGCUAGGGAAAAUUCUUAUGGCGAAAAGGCGCACAAUCGGGGAAUGGCUGCAGGCGCUUGCUCAGUUGGUUAUCGUCUGCGUUAGCUCAUGGCUUCUGUUUAACGUCGCUAGUGUAUUUGCGGAAAGACCCUCCAGAAAGUUUGCCAACCUGGCAUACGCAUGCUUUAUAAUCGGUAUAAGUAGUCUGCUGAUGGUGAAGUUACUCCUGUUCGAUAUCGUCACUGCAUUCUUCAGAAGAAUAGCGACCCCUGGAUGCCAAUCAGGGAAAACUUCACCAUUCGAGGAAUCAUGUGAUCGUACAUGCCGUCUCCUGCAGGCGAUUAACUAUAACGGACUACUGUUUUUCGUCAUUGCUAACCUCGUCACGGGUUUGUUUAACUUGUUUGCAGACACCAUGUUGUAUUCUCACGCCGAAGCGUUUGUUAUAGUAAGCGUUUACAUGCUGUUGUUGUCCGCCAUAUCAUUGCAUUUAUACAAUAGAAAAGCGUCUUUAAAAGCGCUGAUUUGGGGUAGCACUCGCAUCAACAAGACAUCGUCAGCUGCUUAAAAAAUGAUUUACACUCUUUGUGAAAAAAAAUAUCAAUAGUGAUGUGUUCAUUAAGUUGUCCUUUCAGAGCAUUAUCUGUUUGGUAUUGCGUUUAAAAACACUAUGAAAACAAUGGCACAUACAUUUAUGUACUUAAAAGGAUCUGUUAAUAAAAUAUAA